AGUAGCUAGUGUUGCUCUGCUUUCUUGGUUGGUGCUAAUAUGUCAAUACCGUUGGUCCAACCACCGCGGCCGCCAGUUACGGUGGUGCAGCAGUCUUACAUUUCUCACUCCGAUCAUGCUUCAAUCGGUCCGUUUAUUGCUGUGCUUGUGGUGAUUAUAAUCUUGGGCAUAGUUGCUGUGAUGAUUGGGAGGUUGUGCACGGGGAAGAAAAUCAUGACCGGGUACGGGCAGUACGACAUUGAGAGCUGGAUAGAAACAAAAUGCGCUUCUUGCAUCGAUGGUAGGAUCAUUCCACCUCCAGAAAGGACGGCCGAUGCUUCUAGUGGUGUCUCCCUUCAGGUUCAGGCAUCCGCACCGCCGCAAUCGCAGUAAGAGGUCAAACAGGAAGAGAAAACUCCCCAACCCGCGGCUGCCAACGUUUGAUAAUUGAAAUGGGUCUUUUGUACUUAACAGCUUUCUUUGCGGCAAAGUGUUUUAACUUUGGAUAAAAAAAAUAAAGAAGGUUGUGGUAGAUCGUGUCAUGUAGCCAUUGUUUGCCAUUGCCAGUGCCACUCUUUUGUGGUUUAGGCUCUCCUUUUAUCCUGAAAAAUGAAAAAGAAAACGUUUU